AUGUUGCCAAACCUGGCACUUCAGUUAACUCCGAAUCAAUUACUGUACCAGCAGAAGCGUUACAGGGGAAAGAUAAACAUUAAAAAGCCGAAAAUAUAUUUUAAGAAAAGAGUAUUGAACGAUCUUUUAACGCCGUUCUUUGUCAAUCCCAACAAAGGUAAAACUCUGGAACAAUUUUGUAUAGAGUCACAAGAGGUACAAGCCGAGAAACAGUUGGGCCCUUACGAUCAAAUAAUAGCGAGGGAAGUUCGUAAUUGGUUUGACAAUUCUAAAAUGAUUGGUUGCUUGCACGUAAACAGUAUGAAGCAGCUGGAUGUAUUCGACGUUCAAGUUGCACUUUUCAGGGAAAAUAUGCACUACAAGUAUUAUGGGCCUCAUAUUAUAAACCAUGUCAUUAAGAAUUCACAUUACAAUGCUCUUGCCCCGUUAGUUAGCAAGUAUACUUCUUUUGUGUUCAGUCCUGAAAUAAACACGAUUACUUUACAAAAGAUUAUCAAGAAAAGCAAGAAAAUGUUUAUAAUGGGGGGAGUAUUGGAAGGACAAAUCUUGAACUAUGAUGAUUUUCUGAAAUAUGGAGAAAUGGAUAUUAUAACGGCGCAGCUGGGUUUGGUUCAAACAUUACAGAAUGCAGGAGGCCUUAACCUGAAUCGACAACUCACACAUCAUCAGACGACGCUUGUAACACGAUUGGAACAGAUCGGUACAAAUGAGACAACCUCCAACGAUAAGAAAUGA